UUAAACUUGGAGCUGCCGCCUCGUCCCCUGUCUUCUCCUCCACCUCCUCUUCCUCCUCCUCCUCCUCCUCCUCCUCCUCCUCCUCCUCCUCCUCCGGCAGGCGAGCGAGCGGCUCGGUGCAGCCGGGAGACGUGCAGCUGGAGCUGGGCUGCCCGCCCUCCGACCCCCCGGGGGGCUGGUGGAGAUGACUUCUGGCCGGGAGAAGACGACCGCCGAGGAGGCAAAGUUUCGGGGCAGCUGAACGGCCUCUGGCCACACACAGCCCUUCCGAGCCCGGUCACCUCCCUCGGCUAUGGAGGGCGGACUCUAAAAUGAAUUCCGAUCUGGACAUCGGCCACAACACAUCAGCACCUGCCCACUGGGGAGACUUGAAAGAUGCCAACUUCACUGGCCCCAACCAGACCUCGAGCAACUCCACACUGCCCCAGCUGGACGUCACCAGGGCCAUCUCUGUGGGCCUGGUGCUGGGCGCCUUCAUCCUCUUUGCCAUCGUGGGCAACAUCCUCGUCAUCUUGUCUGUGGCCUGCAACCGGCACCUGCGGACGCCCACCAACUACUUCAUCGUCAACCUGGCCAUAGCGGAUCUGCUGUUGAGCUUCACCGUCCUGCCCUUCUCCGCCACCCUGGAGGUGCUGGGCUACUGGGUGCUGGGGCGCAUCUUCUGUGACAUCUGGGCAGCCGUGGACGUCUUGUGCUGCACGGCCUCCAUCCUGAGCCUCUGCGCCAUCUCCAUAGAUCGCUACAUCGGGGUACGCUACUCUCUGCAGUACCCCACGCUGGUCACCCGGAGGAAGGCCAUCUUGGCCCUACUCAGUGUCUGGGUCUUGUCCACCGUCAUCUCCAUCGGUCCGCUCCUGGGAUGGAAGGAGCCAGCGCCCAACGAUGACAAGGAAUGUGGGGUCACUGAGGAACCCUUCUAUGCCCUCUUCUCCUCCCUGGGCUCCUUCUACAUCCCUCUGGCCGUCAUCCUGGUCAUGUACUGCCGUGUCUACAUCGUGGCCAAGAGGACAACCAAGAACCUGGAGGCAGGAGUCAUGAAGGAGAUGUCCAACUCCAAGGAGCUGACCCUGAGAAUCCACUCCAAGAACUUUCACGAGGACGCCCUCAGCAGCACCAAGGCCAAGGGCCACAACCCUCGGAGUUCCAUAGCGGUCAAACUUUUUAAAUUCUCCAGGGAAAAGAAAGCCGCCAAGACCCUGGGCAUCGUGGUCGGCAUGUUCAUCCUGUGUUGGCUUCCCUUCUUCAUUGCUCUCCCACUCGGCUCGCUGUUCUCCGCCCUGAAGGCCCCGGAGGCCGUGUUCAAGGUGGUGUUCUGGCUGGGCUACUUCAACAGCUGCCUCAACCCCAUCAUCUACCCGUGCUCCAGCAAGGAGUUCAAGCGCGCCUUCGUGCGCAUCCUGGGCUGCCAGUGCCGGGGCGCUCGCCGCCGCCGCCGCCGCCGCCGUCGCCUGGGCGGCUGUGCGCACGCCGGCUACCGGCCGUGGACGCGCGGCGGCUCGCUGGAGCGCUCGCACUCGCGCAAGGACUCGCUGGACGACAGCGGCAGCUGCCUGAGCGGCAGCCAGCGGACCCUGCCGUCGGCCUCGCCCAGCCCGGGCUACCUGGGCCGGGGAGCUCCGCCGUCCGUCGAGCUCUACGCCUUCCAGGAGUGGAAGUCUCCCGGGGGAGCUCUGCUCAGCCUGCCGGUCCCCGAGCCUCCGGGUCGCCGGGGACGCCACGACUCGGGGCCCCUGUUCACCUUCAAGCUCCUGGCCGAUGCCGAGAGCCCGGGCACCGAUGGGGACGCCAGCAUCGAGGGCUGCGAGGACGUGGCCAACGGGCAGCCGGGCUUCAAGAGCAACAUGCCCCUGGCACCCGGGCAGUUUUAGGGGGUGUCCCCAUCGCCCCCUCCCUCGUGCACAGCACCCCCUCCUGGGGGAGGUGACCAUCGUGGGGAGGGGGGUGGAGGCAGGGAGGGAGGGAGCGUCAGCUCCGGGGAGACCCAGGCCGCAA